AUGUCUCCUGGCCCCGCGACUCUUGCGCCUUGCAACCACUCCACGGCGAAACCAAUCACGCGCCCGUCUUUGGCCUCGGUUAAGAUGACCGAGGAACUUUGGGCCAAUACGGCUGUCAUUGAUCCAUUGGUAGGCAUUCGUCUCAACCUCGAUGGAGGGGAUUUCCCACGACCAAACGGCAAGUUUGAUAAGCACAGCCACAUGGCCUUUAUUCCAAGUCCGGAUUGGAAAGGGUGGAAGGAGCUGGCUAAGCAGGAUGGGCUCGAAGGUGCGGCAAUCCUCGGCCCCGCGAAACGUUCCUGGCGCUGUGGUUACGUAUUUGACGUGUUGCCUGUCGACAAGAAAGCGAUAAUCGCUAUCGUCAAUGUCUUCUUCGUCGACGAGACAAGCGAGAAGCCUGACGUUGGUAUUUCUUUGGCUUGGGAACGGCCAUGGCGGAAAGCGGCACUGAGAAUGAGGCGACUGCUUGAUUGGCAAAAGAGGGCCUGA